AAUAGCAACAUGCCGGAGGUUGUGGUUCUUGGUUCAUGCAUGGUUGACUUCUCUUGUUACUCCUCACGAUUCCCCAAGGCAGGAGAGACAUUGUGCGGCAAAAGAUUUGCAAUGAGUAAUGGUGGAAAGGGAGCUAAUCAAUGUGUAGCAGCUGCAAGACUAGGUAGCUCAACUGCUCUGAUUGCAUCGUUAGGUGCAGAUAGCUUUGGAAGAGAAUACCUUGAGAAGCUGAAACUCGAGAAUGUAGAUAUUUCAAAAGUACAUCUCCGUGACGGCAUACAUAGUGGUAUUGCUCAAAUUACUGUUACAGACAGCGGGGAAAAUAGUAUAAUCAUUGUACCUGGAGCAAACACGCUACUCAGUCCUGAGGAUGUAAAUGAUGCCCAAGAACUUAUAAAAAAUGCUAAGGUAUUGCUAUGUCAAUUUGAAACACCGCUGUCUUCAACACUGCAAGCAUUGAAGAUGUUCAAAGGACGUGGUCUAUCUAUACUGAAUGGAGCUCCAGCUAUACAGAAUCCUGAUCCUGAAUUGUUAAGAUCAUGUGAUAUUUUUUGCAUAAAUGAAACAGAGGCUGAGAUGAUGACUGGUGUUCACAUUUCUGGAUUAUUUGAAGCACAAAUUGCAGUCAAUGAGCUUUUGAAUCAAGGAUGCAAUGCAGUUCUCUUAACACUUGGUGCAUUAGGAGCGGUUUAUGCUUCUACAAAUAGUAGAAAUGUGAUUCAUGUACCAACUGCUGAAGUGACACCUAUCGAUACAACUGGAGCUGGUGAUGCUUUUCUAGGAUCAUUCGCAUAUUUUGCUGCAUAUCACACGAACUUAUCAAUAGCUGAAAUUGUGAAGAAGGCAUGUUAUGUUGCAUCGCAAACUGUUAUCAAAAUUGGUACUCAAUCAAGUUUUCCAUUCAGAAAAGAUCUUCCAGCAGACUUGUUUGCUCAACUUCGUCUCUUUUGUUGUGACAACAUGCCAGACGUAGUUGUUGUUGGGGCAUACGUUGCUGAUUUCACUUGCUUUGCUCCACGCUUUGCUAAAGCAGGAGAAACGGUUGUCUGUGAGAAAUUCAUUACCAGCCAUGGCGGUAAGGGAGCUAAUCAACUCGUAUGUGUAGCACGACUAGGUGGUUCCACUGGUUUUGUAUCAUCGUUAGGUGCGGACUGCUUUGGAAGGGAUUACAUCGAGCAAUUAAAAGUUGAAAACGUAGAUGUGUCGCAUGUUCAUAUACGAGAAGGGAAAAGCAGCGCUACAUCCCUGAUUACUGUAGCACAAAGUGGUGAGAACACCAUAAUGUAUGUUGCUGGAGCAAGUACUCUUCUAACUCCUGAAGAUGUUGAAAAUGCUACAGAGCUGAUUAAGAGUGCAAAAGUAUUGCUCUGUCAAUUUGAAAUUCCGCCUGCCCCCACACUACGUGCCUUACAAAUUUACAAAGGCAGCGGUCUAUCAAUAUUGAAUGGAGCACCAGCUCAGCAGAAUAUAGAUCCUGAAUUAUUGAAAUUAUGUGAUAUAUUCUGUGUCAAUGAAACAGAGACAGAGAUAUUGACUGGAAUUGUGGUAACAAAAUUAUGUGGGGCCCAAGAUGCAGUGAACGAACUUUUAUCUCGAGGAUGCAAUGCAGUUAUUUUAACUCUUGGGGCUCAUGGAGCAGUUUAUGCAUCGAAAGAAAAUAAAAAUAUCAUUCAUGUUCUAGCUGAACAAGUCAAAGCUAUUGAUACUACCGGUGCUGGUGAUGCCUUUCUAGGAGCUUUCGCCUAUUUUGCCGCAUACCACCCUGACUUGCCGAUUGAAGAGAAGCUGAAGCGAGCAUGUUAUAUUGCGUCUCAAACUGUUCUUAGAAUUGGUACCCAAUCAAACUUCCCAUACCAGAAAGAGCUCCCAGCAAAAUUUUUUGUUGAUUAAAAUACCUCAUAUUUAAUAUCGCUUAUUAUGUUAUACGUAUGUAAUCUCUAAAGUAAUACACCUGUCAUUCAUGUGUUCAUGAUACAUUAUGAUAUACAUAUGUGAAAUGAA